CGUAAAACAAAACAGAUGCCACCGCAGCGCGACGGAACCGCAGACUGAGGGCAGAGGACGUCGCUAAGAAGAAAAUCAGCCGAAGCUGAGCGAGAAGAAAACGGAACAAAACGAAAGAAACAGCAACAAAAAAAGAUUAGCCGACCCUAGUUAAGCUAGUUAGCUGUAGUUAGUUAGACCGGUUGAGUUUUGCCAGAACAGCGUUUCUCAGACACAAAAGGGUGAACCCGGCAGGUGGCAGGCAUUGCUAUGGCCCAGGAGACCAAUCAGAGCCCGGGUCCUAUGCCCUGUGCCACUGGCUGUGGUUUCUACGGCAACCCCAGGACUAAUGGCAUGUGCUCCGUUUGCCACAAGGAACACCUCUCCAGACAGAACGGAGGAGUGGGCUCUCUGAACUCCAUGGCCUCCGGCAGCAGCUCCACGCCUGAAGAUUCUGCCAUCCAGAGGUUAGAAGCCACCCUGAACAACGCUGCAGCGGCUGCGGUCGCAGCGGUGGAGGAGGCGGCUGACGCUGCCGUCGCAGAAGCUUUCGGUGGGAUCUCACCUGCCACGUCUGUAACGAAGCAGAUGACUGAGAUGAGCCUGUCGUCUGAGGAGAAGCUAGCAUCGAGCAAAGUAGACGUCACAGAUCCAGUCGUGAGUCUGCUGCAAACCGGUUCUGUUUGCCAACCUUCAACUGCUGGCAGUGAAGACGUCGGACCCCCAGAAGCCCCCAAACCCAAGAGGAACCGCUGCUUUAUGUGCCGUAAAAAGAUUGGCCUUACAGGUUUUGAUUGUCGCUGUGGGAAUCUGUUUUGUGGAAUCCACCGUUACUCCGAUGAGCACAACUGUCCGUACGACUACAAGUCCGACGCCGCCGCCAAGAUCCGCAAAGAGAACCCCAUGGUGGUCGCCGAGAAGAUCCAGAGAAUAUGAACGGAGCUCUGCUUGACUUUGAACAUCAGAUUAAAACAUGGACCUGAGCCCAGCCUUCGCCCAGAAGGUUCUUUUUUUUGUUUUGUUACACAUUCAGGAUCGAUCCCUCCACACGGUUUUGUUUGUUCGCAGCGUUUGUGUUGGACAGAGAAAACGUCCGUGUGCUGGUGUUUGUCGGUGUGGCUGGACGACGCGUCGUUCCCCUUUAAAGAGUUAAAAACGGCACCACGCUGCGGGUGGCUGCGCAGUCUGUUCCUGAACUCUGCUCGGACGUUUGGACUCGGCUGUGCUUGCUCUCUGCUGGCUUGAGUAGCAAAAGGUUUUCUUUUUUCCAGUUUUUGG